AUGAGUUUCUCUUGGACCCAGUGCCUGUGCAAUCGUCCGAGUGAUAACAACUGAUCUGAGAGAAUAAAUAUGGCGAUGCGUGUGCACAUAAGGCUUUUUAAUACCACGAGGAACUGCCAAUUUGAAACUGCUAGAGGACUCUCUGUAUCGGCAACUCUAAAAAAGGCAAAAGCAUUAUUCAAUUGGCAAGAUCCUUUCAACAUCGAGUCCCAGUACACCCAGGACGAGAUAAUAAUCCGCGAUCAGUUUCGCUCGUACUGCCAGGAGAAGCUCCAGCCAAGAAUUAUCGAUGCAUUUAGAAAUGAGAAUUUUGAUAAGGUCAUAAUAAAGGAACUGGGAUCCCUCGGGGUACUAUGUCCCACUCUGAAGGGAUAUGGGGCUGCAGGAGCUUCCUCCGUAGCUUACGGGCUCAUUAAUAAAGAGAUUGAGUCUGUGGACAGCGGGUACAGGUCCACCUUCUCCGUGCAAAACCUCGCCGCCACUGCCAUCGACUCUUGGGGCAAUCAGGAGCAAAAGGAUAAAUAUUUACCCAAACUUGUUUCUGGGGAUCUGAUCGGUUGCUUUGGUCUCACUGAACCCAAUCAUGGCAGUGAUCCUGCUGGAAUAGAAACGAAAGCAAUCUAUGAUGCCAGCAGAAAGGUCUACAAGCUCAGUGGUAGCAAGACCUGGAUAACAAACGCCCCAGUAGCAGAUUUACUAGUAAUUUGGGCGAAAACCGACGAUGGAACUAUCCGAGGAUUCAUAACAGAGAGAAAGGGCAACGAGGGGACAUUAAGUACACCUAAAAUCGAGGGGAAAGUAUCUUUAAGGGCCUCUGCUACUGGAAUGAUCCUAAUGGACGAUGUCAUCGUCCCUGAAGUUAAUUUACUCCCUAAUGUUACUGGUCUCAAGGGCCCAUUCGCAUGCCUGAAUCACGCACGUUACGGAAUAGCGUGGGGUGCUUUGGGUGCCGCUGAGGAGUGUCUGAGACUGGCCAACACCUACGUGUCAGAGCGUAAGCAGUUCAACAGACCAUUGGCAGCUAAUCAAUUGAUACAGAAGAAAUUAGCUGACAUGAUGACGGAAAUAGCCAUCGGGCUGCAGGGAUGCCUGCGCGUUGGCCGACUCAAGGACGAGGGCAAGGCUACACCAGAGAUGAUAUCAAUGAUAAAAAGAAAUUCAGCUGCCAAAGCCAUCAACAUCGCCCGAAAUGCAAGGGAUAUGCUCGGGGGAAAUGGAAUUUCCGACGAGUACCACAUCAUCAGGCACAUGGUUAAUCUCGAAUCAGUCAUCACGUACGAAGGCACCGAUGAUAUCCACGGUCUUAUUCUCGGACGAGCUAUUACUGGUAUACCAGCGUUCUUCGGCUGAUGUUAAUGAUUUAUAAACGCCUCAUCAGCCCCAGUUGUAUUCUCAUUUAAUCACAACAUCUGGCCAAUGUUGAAACGAGUGAAAAAAAUAAACACUGUCACUCCUGGAUAUUCACAAAAUCAUGUCCAACGUAUUUUUAAUCAUAAAUAAAUUAAGUUUAAUUCCUAAGUAAUAAAGCAUUAAUUACAUUCUCAA